AUGGGGCAUCAGCUGCUGAAGCUGAAGUUAACCCACAUUUGGAAGCCUUCAGAAGAAGUUAAUCUUGUUGAUUUGGGGUCUGAUUAUUUCUUAAUCAAAUUUCUAAACGAACAAAAUAUGCUCCACGUACUUCAUAAUGGUCCAUGGUUUAUCCUGAACAGCCAUCUUUCAAUCCAAAGAUGGGAACCGAAAUUUGUAGCUUCGCAAGCAAAAGUUGCUUAUACGGCGAUUUGGCUCUGGCUGUCGGAAUUGCCGAGUGAAUUUUAUGAUUGGGAUGUUCUACAGAAAGAAUUGCCCUUACACAAGGCUCCAUAUUCAUCACAAUCCUUUAGGCCCUUUUCAUCACUUACUGCGUCGAACACGAAUGGAGAACACUGUCCUGAUGGAGAACGACUCUCACAGCCGAGCAGUAUACGUCUCGAUGAACCCUCAAGCUCCUCAACCACCGAGCUCGUGGCUGGAAAUAGGGUUGAUGGGUCAUGCGUUAACCUUCAACUUGCAUAUCAACGGGGAGCAGGUACUUAUUAUGAUUCAGCAUCUGGCAGAAUUAGCUCAGAUAAUUCUGAAAGGUAUGAGAUUGGGCCUGGAUGCUUUCAAUCACCACCACUGGUCAGUAACCCCACCGCCCUUUCCACCACUGAUAGGCAACUAGAGGGAGUUUCCCUUCUAUCCACAGCCACAACAUGGGCUGGCUCCCUGGAUCCAACAGCAUACCACAAUGCUGUCAACAAUGGUGAGUUCCAUGAACACGCCGCCACCAUCCCCUCAGGCAGGCCCAUCUCAGACCCAACCAGUGCAUCAGGAAGAAUCGACAGGAAUAGGGGAAGGCGUGCACAGCUCAGCACCGGAGGCAGUCCUUCUAGGACAGGUACCUCCUCCGGCUACUGGAUAGACCAGCUCUGGCCCAUGUCUACAGAGAGCAGAACCGACUAGCCGAUAGCCUAGCAGAAAGAGCCAUCUCUACUGCACAACUAUCCGUUCUAGCUACUGCGGAUCCAGUUAUGGACACUACUAUGUUUUGAACUCCUCCACAAGAUCUUCUGAUUGUUUUGGGUGCUAACAAAAGAGGAGAUUUUGUUACUAGGCGUGUGAAGACUUUGCGUUCUUUACCACCUAGUACAUCUGUAAAUAUUCCUACUAGUAUGGUGUUUAGUGUUAAUAGAUAGUCCGUAAAUAAUGCACCAUGUGCAAAUACUACGGUGGCAGCACUGCUAAAUGACUCUCUGUAGACUUUUUGAUAUGAUGCUAAUAUAAUAUAAUAUCCUACUUACCAAAAAAACUAAAUAAAUAAGGGACUGAAAGUACAAUUAAUAUGAAGUAGUCGGUUUACAGUUCAAUAUUAUUCUAUAUUAGUUAUCUAAGCACUGUUGUACUUUUCUGCAACAAGCAUUUUCUUCCUCAAAAGCAAAAUGUUCAUUAAUGAAUGUGUUUUUUUUUUAUAAUUUGUUGUGGGGGAUGGGGGCUGUUAAAGAAUCUGUACUGUCCUUACUUGAUCGAUAAAUUUUCUGUAGAUAUUUUGCAGUAAUGAUGUAUCCAAGUACACCCCCUGUCACGUAAUAUUCACGUAAUAUUGUAUUUUUAUAUAAAAAAAUAAUUAUUUUUCCUUAGUAUAUCUCUUAUCUUUUU